GUAGUUCGGUUGCGGGCACACUACUGCGGCGGGAGAUAAUCUUUCGUCUCUGAAGGCAUUUGCUUAUAAACACGGUCGUUAGUCACCUUCCCAAACUAUAGUUUGUAUCUGUAUCUUUUCUAUCGCACAGUAAAUAGAUAGCCCCGGCAUAUGAACACAUAAUUGCUUCGAGUGUAGAUAUGUGUUCUGAUACUAUUGGCGUCAUCGGGCCGUUAUAAAUUUUGCUUACCUAGUUUCAUAGGAAUUAGCUCCGGGGACUGCCAAUUCUACUAGCGAACCUUCUAAUCGUUAUCAUUGAUUCGAUUGAAGACUGCGGGUGGACGCGCGAUUUACCUGAGCCCGGUAUCGAUUUCACCUUAUCGCCUGGACGGAAGAAAGGCAUAAAACCGAGCGCUGGCACUAUUGCGAUAAAAAAGGGCAAGCUGCCGGAGAAGACGUAGAUUUUCCGGUUUUCCCACAUGCACGUUCCUUAGGGUAUGAGCAGUGGCUGAUAUUUGGCGGAUUCCACAGUGACCUGCGAAACGAUAAUUGAUAUCUGAUUUCAUCGCGAACAUUGCCUAUUAGGCGGCAAGGAUUUGCUGGUAUCGCGGCUGAGAGCAAUCUCACAUGGCUCGUACUUUCGAUGAUUCCCGCGAGUCUUAGUGGCUGGAAUAUGUGCUCAUGUACCAGACUCGUAUCUACAUAAGAAGUGCCCGGAGAAGUGCGAGGAAAAUUGUGUAGAAUUUUCACUUUUCAUCGGUUACCGGGGAAUUGUGUGUCCAGUGGUUGUUUGUGGAAAAGAAAGUGUAAGGAAAAACGGGCCGGUUGGAUUUUCACAUUUCAAUACUUGAUUGAGUCAUUGAACUGCUCUUUCAUCCACUUUUGGUGAUAACAACGUUUGCAGGCUUAAUCAUCCGAUUACAGUUUGUGAUAAGUGCAAUCGAGUCGAGGUGGAAUAUCAACGUACUGUGACGGUGGUAAAGUAGUUAUUGCUGUGCCGUGAUCAGUGACUAUAAAUCUGAUUUUCAUCAGUUCAGUUUGCCAGCAGCACAACACAACCCGGAAUGGAGAAGGGGCUUCAUGAGCGUGACCGUGUAGGUCUUCAGGAUUUUCUCCUUUUGGAGAACUAUCAAAGUGAAGAAGCUUUUAUUGAUAAUUUAAGGAAACGAUUUCAAGGAGAUUUAAUUUACACAUACAUCGGUCAAGUCUUAAUAUCAGUGAAUCCUUACAAAGAACUGCCAAUUUACACAGAGGAUGAUAUCAAAGAAUACCGACGAAGACAUUUCUUUGAGGCCCCGCCACAUAUAUUCGCUAUCAGCGAUAAUGCUUAUCGAUCGUUAAUGGAGGAGAACAGAUCGCAAUGUAUACUGAUUUCAGGUGAAAGUGGGUCAGGUAAAACGGAAGCAUCGAAAAAAGUUCUGCAAUUCAUCGCCGCCGCGUCCGGUCAUAUAUCGACCGUGGAAGGAGUUAAGGAUAAAUUACUACAAAGCAAUCCUGUUCUGGAGGCAUUCGGCAAUGCCAAGACCAAUCGAAACGACAAUUCAUCACGUUUCGGCAAGUAUAUGGAUGUUCAGUUCGGUUUUACGGGCGCUCCGCAGGGUGGUAAUAUCCUGAAUUAUCUAUUGGAAAAAUCACGUGUUAUUCAUCAAAGUGCCGGCGAACGGAAUUUCCACAUUUUCUAUCAAAUGCUGGCCGGCGCUAGUGAUGAACUGCUGCGCGAUUUACAAUUGAAACGGAACCUGGAUUGUUACUAUUAUUUGUCUGAUGGGGCCAACGGUUGUGUGUCACGCAUCAACGAUUCCGACAAUUUCCGGACUGUGAAGCGUGCAAUGAGCAUUAUUGAACUAUCGGAUCGAGAGCAAAAGGAAAUUUUCGAAAUCGUUGCGAGUAUCCUGCACAUGGGCAAUAUCGGAUUUACUGAAAAUGAAGGCGUAGCACAGAUUUUGAAACCUGAAUCGGUUUCUGCAGUAACAAAGCUCCUCGGCUGUGAUCAAGCACAAUUAGAAGCAGCUUUAACCAAUCGCACGAUAGACGCUCAGGGAGACGUAGUCACUUCUCCACUUAGUCGUGAAAUGGCUAUUUAUGCUAGGGACGCCCUUGCUAAGGCUGUAUAUGACCGACUUUUCUCGUGGCUCGUAGUUCGAAUCAAUGAGUCCUUGCAACCGCCCAACAAACUUAGAUCUAAUGCGGUUAUGGGCAUUCUGGAUAUCUACGGAUUCGAAAUUUUCAAAAAGAAUAGCUUUGAACAGUUCUGCAUCAAUUUCUGCAAUGAAAAAUUGCAGCAACUUUUCAUAGAAUUGACCCUGAAGCAGGAACAAGAAGAAUAUCAACGCGAAGGAAUUGAAUGGGUCCCGGUCGAAUACUUCGACAAUAAAGUGAUUUGUAACUUGAUUGAAGAGAAGUACAAGGGCAUCAUUUCCAUGCUCGAUGAAGAGUGUCUUCGACCUGGCGAUCCGACUGACAUGACAUUCCUAGAAAAGAUGAAUGACCAGCUGGGCUAUCAUGAACACUACAUUUGCCAUAGCAAAGCUUCCACUGCCGUUCAAAAGACUAUGGGCCGUGACGACUUCCGACUUGUUCACUAUGCUGGUGACGUCACUUACAACGUUAAUGGUUUCCUGGAUAAGAAUAAUGACUUGCUCUUCCGGGAUCUGAAGGAAACUAUGUCAAUGACAAAGAAUAGCAUCACUCGGAAAUGUUUCCCUGAAGCAGAGUAUUUGAAUAAGAAGCGUCCAGACACGGCUGUUACGCAGUUCCGCAAUUCACUGAAUAACUUAAUGGAUAUCUUGAUGUGUAAGGAGCCGUCCUAUAUUCGUUGCAUUAAGCCGAAUGACAUUCAGAGCCCAAACAUAUUUGAUGAUAAACUGGUGUCGCAUCAAGUCAAGUAUCUGGGUCUAAUGGAGAACCUUAGAGUGAGGAGAGCUGGCUUUGCUUACAGAAGAACCUACGACAUGUUCCUCCAACGCUACAAAUGCCUUAGUAAGAAUACAUGGCCCCACUUUGAUGGUCCAAGCAAGGAAGGCGUUCAGAUUUUGGUGAAUGAGCUAGGAUUCGAUCAUGAUGACUAUCGGAUGGGUCACACGAAAAUCUUCAUCAGAUUCCCAAAAACUCUCUUCGACACAGAGGAUGCCUUCCAAGCAAAGAAACACGAUCUGGCUGCGAUUAUUCAAUCCCGUUGGAAGGGUCGUCGUCAAAGACAAAUAUACUUACAAAUGCGAAGCACUGCUAUACUAAUUCAAGCCUACUGUCGGCGGUACUUGGCCAUUCAAAAGGCAAAACGACGACGUCAAGCUGCUCAAACAAUUCGCGAUUUCAUCAAAGGCUUUAUUACACGAAACGACCCACCGAACGGUUUGAACGAUAAGUUCAUUGCCAAUUCGAAGAGGAUGUGGCUCAUUAGAUUAUCGAAAAAUUUGCCUACCAGUGUUUUGGAUAAUAAAUGGGUUAACCCUCCUAGUCAUUGCUCAGAAGCGUCACGGUUGCUACAAGCAAUGCAUAAACGACAUUUGGCACGACUAUACCGAAAGAAUUUGAGUCAAGAGAAGAAGCGACAAUUCGAACUUAAAGUUAUGGCGGAGAAAGCAUUCAAAGGAAAGAAAAAGAGCUAUGGGGACAGUAUUGGACCGUGGUUCACGGACGAGAGGAUUCCCAAGGAACAUAUGACACAAGUGAACAAUUUCGUUACCACAUCAUUUGGCCAGGAAAAACUGAAAUAUUGCACACCAUGCAUCAAAUACGAUCGACACGGCUAUAAGCCACGCGAUCGGUUUGUCCUACUCGGCGAGAAACAUUUCUACAUGUUGGAUGCCAAAACAUAUAAACAAAAACACAAACUGCCAUUGGAUAAAAUCGACUUUUGCGUUACCAAUCACGAUGAUAAUUUGCUUUUAGUCCGCAUUCCACCUGAGCUGAAAAAGGACAAAGGCGACUUGAUCCUGGAGCUUCCGCAUUUAAUCGAGUUCUGCAUAUAUGUUUUGGAUACAACGAAGAAUGGUCAAAUAAUGACGAUUGUGGAUACAGAAUCACUGCAACACAAUUUAGUCAAUGGUAAGCCGGGUACCAUCGACAUCCAAAUAGGAAACGCACCAAGUAUCACGAGGGCGAAGAGCGGGCAUUUGCUAGUCAUUGCUGGCCAGUAGGUACAUAACUACCACCAUGUUAUCAACCGGCACACCAAAUGUACGAGUACAUUUCCAUUUUUCAUCUAAAUCAUCGAUAAAAUCCCCCCAAAAAAUGUGUUAUUAAAGUGACCAUCGAUAAUGAAAUUGACUAAGGUGCCUCCUGUGUAUACUAUGUUUAUAUUUUUCAAAGAAACGAAGGACGAUUUUUUUUUUAUAAGUGUGACUUAAUGUAACAACGAAUGAGAGAUCAGUUGAAAAUAAUUCUCUAGUUUAUAAACGAUGAAAUGAUUUUAAGAACUUGUUAUAAAAGUGAACGAAAGUAUUUGCAUAAAAUUUGAAGAAAAUGAAACGAUAAAUAUAGAGUAUUUAUAAAAUAAAUAAUAUAUAUUUGUAUUUUUACACAUUUACGGUAGCGAACAAGUGCCUGUGCCAUUGUACAAUGUUUUGAAUUCAAACGGACACUUUUGAUAAGAAUUAUUGAAGUUACAAUGAAAAAUGUACCAAGACCAGAUAAGAAGAGCAAAUAUAUAUAUAAGCGUUUUGAAUAUUUCUGACA